AGAACUAUACUAUUCAUCAUCUUCCUCGAGAGCAGAGCACCGCUUAGCUCGAUUUUCAUAUUCUUGUUCGGAAAUUUAUUUUCUUCUGAAGCUAAUUUGACUGAAAGUUCUAGUCUUUUUCAACCCCUCAUCGGAUGGAGGUUUCUUCAUUCUCCACUGUACCCAGAUUUUGCUACUCAUCCUCUGUUCCAGAAUCGUGUCGAUUUAGAGGAGUCAAAGUUCAAUUAUGUGACCAAUCUCUUGUUCCUGUUCGAUUGAGCAUACGAAUAAGAAGAAGAAGAAGAACACCUCGUACUUUGGUUUCGUGUAGUCAGAAGAGAGAUGUCACUGUCGUUGAUGGAAGCUGUAUGGAUGAGAUAUAUGAUAAGUUGGCGGAACGUCUUGUUCCUACAUCAGCAGCAAUGUUUAGCCCCAAUGUUAAACGUUUGGUCGGUUUGGCUGGUCCUCCUGGUGCGGGUAAAAGCACGUUAGCAUAUGAAGUUGUGAGUCGUAUAAAUAGUUUAUGGCCUCAGAAAGCUGCUUCUUUUGAUGAUGAGGUUAUGCCGCCUGAUGUCGCUACAGUGCUUCCUAUGGAUGGGUUCCACUUGUAUCGUUCCCAGCUUGAUGCCAUGGAGGAUCCCAAAGAAGCUCACGCGAGAAGAGGAGCUCCUUGGACUUUUAAUCCUGCACUAUUGCUCAACUGUUUAAAGAAGCUGAGAAACGAGGGCUCAGUGUAUGUGCCAUCAUUCGAUCAUGGAGUUGGAGAUCCAGUUGAAGACGAUAUCUUUGUUAGCCUCCAGCAUAAAGUGGUGAUUGUAGAGGGAAACUAUUUACUGUUAGAAGAAGGAACUUGGAAAGACAUCUCUGAUAUGUUUGAUGAGAAGUGGUUCAUUGAUGUCAAUCUCGACACAGCGAUGCAACGUGUUGAAGCCAGACAUAUCUCAACCGGUAUGUAUACACAUUUAUUCUUUUUAAUUCUUCGGAGACUUGCUGUGACCAUAGGUUUUGUUUUAUUCGUUACAGGUAAACCACCGGACGUUGCUAAAUGGCGGAUUGAUUAUAACGACAGGCCCAACGCAGAACUGAUAGUGAAGUCAAAGACAAACGCUGAUGUACUGAUCAGAUCCAUCAGUUUUUGAAUCUGCCUUCUUGGCUAUUGCAUGAAACAAGUAACAGACAAAUUUGUCUUUGUGAUCGACAAUCUCUUCUUUUUGUGUUUCAAUAAGCAUUUCUGCAUGCACUAAGCUGUGACAUUCCCUCAUUACUAUGUUCUCUAUGAUGGUAAUAGAUAAUGUGAAUAUAUAUUAAGCUGAA